AUGGACAGUAUCCUGGAGCCCUUCGCCGCCGAGCGGCUCUUCCCCGCCGCCGGCCCCGGCUUCCUCGACCUGGGCGACUUCAGCGAGGCGGAUUUCCUCAGCAAUGUGCAUUUCUCCGAGAACCUGGAUCACUUCUCCGACAACAUGGAGGAUUUCUCCAACGACCUCUUCAGCAGUUUCUUUGAUGACCCAGUUCUGGCUGAAAAGAACCCGCUGCUGGACAUGGACCUGGACCCACCCACUCCAGGCAUCCAGGCAGAGCACAGCUACUCCCUCAGCGGAGACUCUGCUCCCCAGAGCCCCCUCAUGCCUGUCAAGACUGAAGAUAAUGCUAACGAGCUGGAGAAUGGAGUGUGGUCUCUGGGGCCCAAGCUCUGCUCCAUCAUGGUGAAGCAGGAACAGAACCUGGCUCUAGACCCGCCUGAGUCCCAGCUGGCUGCCAGCUCCAGACCUGUGCUGAACCUCAACCCUCUGCAGAGACUGCCAGUCCCCGAGGAGACUCCCAUUGAAAUGACUCCAGCUCCUGUGAUCAAAGCUGAACCCAAAGAGGUGAACCAGUUUCUAAAUGUACCUGCAGGCAAGAAGACAGAAUUUGCUGUAGAUGACCUGGUGCAGAUGCCUCCAACUCCGCCCAGCAGCCAUGGCAGUGACAGUGAUGGGUCCCAGAGCCCUCGGUCCCUGCCUCCCUCCAGCCCAGCCCGACCUGCUGCUCGUUCUUCUACUGCCAUCUCCUCCUCACCUCUCCUCACAGCACCACACAAAUUACAAGGGACCUCUGGCCCGCUGCUCUUGACUGAAGAGGAGAAACGCACCUUGAUUGCUGAGGGUUACCCCAUUCCUACCAAGCUGCCCCUCACCAAAGCAGAGGAGAAAGCACUGAAGAGGGUCAGAAGAAAAAUAAAGAACAAGAUCUCUGCUCAGGAGAGUCGCAGAAAGAAGAAAGAAUAUGUGGAAUGCCUAGAAAAAAAGGUGGAGACAUACACGACAGAAAACAAUGAACUCUGGAAAAAAGUGGAGACCUUAGAAAGUGCAAAUAGGACUCUGCUUCAGCAGUUACAGAAGCUGCAGGCUCUGGUAGCUGGGAAAGUCUCCAGACCUUACAAAAUGGCUUCCACUCAGACCGGGACCUGCCUAAUGGUGCUGGUGCUCUGCUUCGUUCUCAUCCUGGGAUCCCUGAUGCCCUGUCUCCCAGAGUUCUCUACAGCAUCACAGACAGUGAAAGCAACACCAGCGCCAGACAUUUAUACAACUAGUAAGAUUCAGUCACGGAGCCUCUUGUUCUAUGAUGAGGGUGCUGGCUCCUUAGAAGAGAGCUACAGCUCCUUCCUAACCAUGGACCAUCCUGAGGGGUGGGAGGUUGAAAAAGGGCAGUCUGACAAGCCAAGGCCUCAUCUGGCGAUGACACAUGAGACAGCCAAAUACAUGAGCAAAUCCCAUCUGGAGAAUCCUGACCAGAACCAAACUGACCCAACUCUAACCCACCUCAAAGAGCAAUUUCAUGAGAGGGAAACAAGCUCCAGUGAGACAGCUGAAUACUUGUAGCAGCUGCUGGACCUCAAGGCCUCGUCUGUCUGAUCGCAGGAUUCCCUCCUCACUGACCAACUGAGGGGACUUGGUGGGAGAGGACACUGCAUUCAGACACUCCUAAACUGGCCUUGAGUUCAGCUCCUUCCCAUCCCCAUGGUCCCCUUUGAGAGGAGUCACAGGACUGCCAGAACCAGUAAUAAACGUCUGACGAAGUCCUGAGACGCCUUCUUCUCCUGGCCUUAUCUCCUGCUUGAAUGAGCACUACCCUAUGGGUGUGGGCUCACCAUGGAAUGGAGGGAGGUCAAGAGUAUGCCCUCAAACUAUUCAGCUCACUCCCCAAAGCCUCCAUGGGGGCUGUCCCUGGCCAUGUACCCCUUGGCUACAUCCAAUGCAUGUGAAAGAGAGAGAGUUUUACUGCUCUGCUUAAGGGACUUUGAAAUGGGUCAUGCUGGGACUGGAGAGUUGACUCUGGAGAGUUUGAGCUCAUUCCUUCCUCUCCAUCUGUUAGUAUACUUCUGCCUCCAUCAAGAGAAAACCUAGCUCUUCCUUGCUCUAGCUUUCUCUUAAUGGAUGUGCCUACAUAACUUCCACGCCAAAUAUCUGCAAAGAUCUGCACACAAACGGAGUGGGGGAGACAGAUCCCAGAUCAAGAUAAACCACCAUGAAAAUUAACUGGCAGCUUCUGGGCAACCAGAACUCUAAAACAGGGAGAAGUUUUUCCCCACAGCCCCAUUCUCUCCACCCCCAGCACCUUUGUUUUGGCAGAGGUGGUUUAUUUUCCUUUUGGUUCCCAGCUUGGGCCCUACAGUGUGGUACUAAUCAGAACAGUGCUUUCCCACUUCCUAUUCUACACACCCCCUGCUUUGAGAGUGAGUGUGGGAAAUCCACUUCCACGAUCCUAUCACAGCUCUCCACCCAAUUCUGCCUCAUGCCAAAUGAGAUCCUCCUAAGAACCAUGAAGAAGAAAGAACUCUGCAACCUAUAGAAGAGCUGCAAUAGAACCAUAAACCCCUCAUAUCCUGAUAUCACUGCUGGUGCCCAGUAGCUUUGUGAACACCACUGAUGACAUACUGGCAUCUCUGGAGACUGUUACUUCUACCAGGAAAGAGGUAUCACAUUUGAACUGGCCAGAGUCACCAAAGACUCUUUCAGCUCUCCUCCUGCUAAGUGCCAGCACCGAAGUCAGCAAUCUCUUCCCAUACCACCUAUCAGGCCAGACUUUCCAAAUUUAGUUCUUGUAACACCAUAAAGCAAUGGAAAGUACCACAAUAUAGGAUAACAAAGUCUUUGGGUACAGCAAAUGAGGACAAACCUAAAUGCAGCAGCUAUGGCUACAGAAGUGGAGAAGGAAAGAAAAACAAACAAACAAACAAACAAACAAAC